ACGGCCUGGAGCAGAGUCUGGACCCGGGGAUGACGGAGUGGGAGCGCAGCAGGGAGAGGGAGGAAUUUGUCCGAGCGUCCAUCCUGUACAGACCCACGUCCUCCUCGCUGUCCUCCCGCUUCACCAGAGCCAAAAACCAGGAGGACGAGGACAGCGUGGAGGUGGUCCGGGACCAGGAGGGCAACGUGGACGACAAACAGGCCGCUGUACAGAUGAAGAUGUUCGGAAGAAUGACCAGAGAAACGUUCGAGUGGCAUCCUGACAAACUGCUCUGCAAGAGGUUCAACGUCCCCGACCCGUUCCCCGGGUCCGGUCUGGUCGGUCUGCCUAAAGUGAAGAGAGACAAGUUUUCAGUCUUCAACUUCCUGACGGUGACGGACAGCAGAGACACGGCAGCACCUCCAAAACCUCCAGAUGCUGGGAAAAGGUCUCGGUGGGACGUUUCAGACCAGAAGGAGGAGCAGAAGAAGAAGGAGGAUCCUCUGAGCGAGCUGCUCAGUGCUGCACGAAACCGGACUGACACCUCCAUACCUGCGUUACCUGCUCCUCCUGCUCCUGCCGCUCCUCCUUCACCUCCUUCCUCUAGCAGCACCAAUGAUCAAACUGCAGACCGAACAGAG